CUCGCGCCAAAGGCCCGGGAGACGGCGCCGGCGCCAUGGAGCUGUCGGUGGACGGGCUCCCGGUGCACUUCCCCUACGACUACAUCUACCCGGAGCAGCUCGCCUACAUGCUGGAGCUCAAACGCACGUUGGACGCCAAGGGCCACGGGGUGCUGGAGAUGCCCUCGGGCACCGGGAAGACCGUGUCUCUGUUGGCGUUGAUCGUGGCCUAUCAGCGGGCGCACCCCGUGGAACUGAGCAAACUCAUCUACUGUUCCCGGACCGUGCCCGAAAUCGAGAAGGUCAUAGAGGAGCUGAGGAAGCUGCUGGACUCAAUUGAGCGUCACGAGGGCAAGAAGUUGCCUUUCCUGGCCCUGGCACUGAGCUCCCGCCGCAACUUGUGUGUCCACCCCGAGGUAUCCUCCCUGCGGUUCGGCAAGGAGGUGGACGGCAAGUGCCACAGCCUCACAGCUUCCUACGUCCGGGCCCGGCACCAGCAGGACCCCAGCGUUCCCAACUGCCGCUUCUAUGAGGAGUUUGAUGCCAAUGGCCGCCAGCUGCCUCUCCCCGGUGGCAUCUACAAUCUGGACGACCUGAAGGCCCUGGGCCGGCAGAAGGGCUGGUGCCCAUAUUUCCUCGCUCGCCACUCGCUCCAGCAUGCCAAUGCCGUGGUGUACAGCUACCACUACCUGCUGGACCCCAAGAUCGCCAACCUCGUAUCUAAGGAGAUGGCCCGCAAGGCCGUGGUCGUGUUCGACGAGGCACACAACAUUGAUAACGUCUGCAUCGACUCCAUGAGCGUCAACAUCACUCGCCGCACCCUGGACCGUUGCCAGGGCAACCUGGAGACUCUUCAGAGAACCAUUCACAGGAUCAAGGAGACGGAUGAGCAGCGGCUGCACGAAGAAUAUCACCGGCUAGUGGAGGGCCUGCGAGAGGCAGGCGCUGCCCGGGAGACUGAUGCCCAUCUGGCCAACCCUGUGCUGCCCGAUGCCAUCCUGCAGGAGGCGGUGCCCGGGUCCAUCCGCACGGCUGAGCACUUUGUCGGGUUCCUGCGGCGGCUGCUCGAGUUCCUCAAAUGGCGGCUGCGGGUGCAGCACGCGGUGCAGGAGAGUCCGGCGGCCUUCCUGGGCAGCCUGGCCCAGCGCGUCUGCAUCCCGCCCAAGCCCCUGCGGUUCUGUGCCGAGCGCCUGCGGUCACUGCUGCACACGCUGGAGAUCUCUGACCUCACGGACUUCUCCCCCCUGACGCUCCUCGCCAAUUUUGCCACUCUGGUCAGCACGUACACCAAGGGUUUUGCCAUCAUCAUUGAGCCGUUUGAUGACCGGACCCCAACUAUUGCCAAUCCCAUCCUGCACUUCAGCUGCAUGGACGCCUCCCUCGCCAUCAAGCCCGUGUUCGAACGUUUCCAGUCGGUCAUCAUCACCUCGGGGACACUGUCUCCCUUGGACAUUUAUCCCAAAAUUCUGGACUUCCACCCCGUCACCAUGGCAACCUUCACCAUGACGCUGGCCCGAGUCUGUCUGUGCCCCAUGAUCGUGGGGCGAGGCAAUGACCAGGUGGCCAUCAGCUCCAAGUUUGAGACGCGGGAGGACAUUGCGGUGGUGCGUAACUAUGGAAACCUGUUGCUGGAGCUGUCAGCGGUGGUCCCCGAUGGCAUUGCCGCCUUCUUCACCAGCUACCAGUACAUGGAGAGCACUGUGGCCUCCUGGUAUGAGCAGGGCAUUUUGGAGAACAUCCAGCGAAACAAACUGCUCUUCAUCGAGACGCAGGAUGGGGCGGAGACCAGCGUGGCACUCGAGAAGUACCAGGAGGCCUGUGAGAAUGGGCGUGGUGCCAUCCUGUUGUCAGUGGCUCGGGGCAAAGUGUCCGAGGGUAUCGACUUUGUCCACCACUACGGCCGGGCGGUCAUCAUGUUCGGCGUCCCCUACGUGUACACCCAGAGCCGCAUCCUCAAGGCCCGGCUGGAGUACCUGCGGGACCAGUUCCAGCUGCGGGAGAAUGAUUUCCUGACCUUCGACGCCAUGCGCCACGCCGCCCAGUGCAUGGGCCGCGCCAUCCGUGGGAAAACCGACUACGGGCUCAUGGUCUUUGCCGACAAGCGCUACGCGCGGGCCGACAAGCGGGGGAAACUGCCGCGCUGGAUCCAGGAGCAGCUGACGGAUGCCAACCUGAACCUGACGGUAGAAGAAGGCGUCCAAGUGGCCAAGUACUUCCUGCGCCAGAUGGCCCAGCCCUUCCACAGGGAAGACCAGCUGGGCCUGUCCCUCCUGAGCGAGACAGAGCUACGGAGCGCCGAGACGCUGCGACGGGUGGAACAGAUUGCACGCCAGCUCUGAGCGUGGGCCAGGGGAGCCUGG